AGAGUUAUAACUUAUUCAUCAACUUUCCUGCAGUUCUUCUUCUUCUCCAUGGACUCGUCUUCCCUUUGUCAUCAGCUCCAUCUUCUCCUUCACAAUACACUUGCAACUCCAAGCUCUCAUCCUUAUUUGGGGGCAAGGAAUCAAACUUUGGCUUUUAGAGUCCAAAAACACAGGUCUCUUAGCAGCAGUAUUUGUUGGGCUGUUGGUUCGAACUCAUCGGGGAAUGAGAAUGGUUCAAUAUUGCCGCCUUUCAGAACAGCUGUAGAUGCAGAAGAUGAAAUUACGUUCUUUGUCAGCGAUGCAGAGGAUGAUCCUGACCGGCCAUCUCAAGGCUUCUCUUCCAUUGAGCAGGCUCUUAAUGCCCUGCGUGAAGGCAAGUUUUUGAUUGUAGUGGACGAUGAGGACGGGGAAGAAGUUGAAGGAAACCUUGUAAUGGCGGCAUCAUUUGCUACCUCAGAGGCAGUCUCGUUUUUCGUCAGGCACGGAUCAGGGAUUGUUUCAGUAGGCAUGAAAGGCGAAGAUUUGGAUAGAUUGAAUCUCCCUUUAAUGUCUCCGGAGAAGGAAGACGAUGCAUCCACACCUUCUUUUACAAUUCCUGUGGAUGCGAAGAAUGGCACGUCCACAGGGGUAUCGGCAACGGACAGGGCGAAAACCGUGUUGGCUCUUUCAUUGGAAAAUUCAUUGCCGGAGAAUUUCAGAAGGCCAGGGCACGUGUUUCCUCUCAAGUAUCGGAACGGGGGAGUCCUAAGGCGAGCUGGGCACACUGAGGCUUCAGUGGACCUGGUCAUGCUAGCAGGUUUGCGCCCUGUUUCCAUGUUUUCGUCUUUGGUUGAUGCUGAAGACGGGUCCAUGGCAUCUAUGCACAAUUUGAAGAAACUGGCUGUAGAACACAACAUCCCGAUUGUUUCCAUCACCGAUUUGAUCAGGUAUAGAAGAAAAAGAGAAAAGCUGGUGGAAAGAAGUUCAGUUUCCAGUUUGCCAACAAAAUGGGGCCUUUUCCAGGCCUAUUGCUACCAAUCCAAAUUAGAUGGAACCGAACACAUAGCCGUUGUAAAGGGGGACAUUGGAGACGGGCAGGACGUGCUGGUGAGAGUGCACUCAGAGUGCCUGACCGGGGACAUAUUUGGUUCGGGUAGAUGCGACUGCGGCAAUCAGCUGGCUCUAGCCAUGCAGCUGAUCGAGGAAGCCGGAAGAGGGGCUCUAGUGUACCUGAGGGGACACGAGGGCCGUGGAAUCGGGCUGGGCCACAAACUCAGGGCGUAUAACUUGCAGGAUGAAGGUCAUGAUACAGUUGAGGCCAAUCUUGAACUUGGGUUUGCUGCCGAUGCCCGUGAAUAUGGAAUUGGAGCCCAGAUAUUGAGAGAUAUAGGGAUUCGGACUAUGCGGCUCAUGACAAACAACCCGGCCAAGUUCACGGGAUUGAAAGGUUACGGCUUGGCGGUUGUCGGACGCGUGCCUGUCUUGACCCCGAUCACAGAUGAAAACAGGAGGUAUCUCGAGACCAAGCGUACCAAAAUGGGCCAUGUUUAUGCACCUGAUUUCCAAGACCCGUUGAUUGGAUGAAAAUAGCAAACAUAAAUGAUUCGAUCAUCGUUGUACAUUUGAGUCAUAAUUAAACCUGUUUUUUUACAUUGUUUCCUUGUUUCUUUUUGUUUGAUUUAAUAAUAUGAUCAUGAUCU